AAAAAAAUAAUAACAUUAGUGUUAUGAAUAGAAGCGAAGAUAAAUAUUUUGUAACCAAAUUUAUUAAUCUGGAAAUUAAUGUAUUAUUAAAUUUAAAAAACAAAAAAUAUUUUAACUAGUUUUAAAAUUUUUAAAAAUAAAAAUUUAUAUGAUAUUAUUGGUAUAUUUAAAAUGAAUUCAGAAAGCAAAUCAAGUGAAGAUAGUCAAGAUGAUAAAUCAUCUCCGCCAAAACUAAUUCCUGGAACUCAUCGAAAUAUGUCUAACAGCAUGACAGAUGCGUCACCUCCAAAAUUUUUAUCAUUGCCAGAAAUUAUGGUAGCUGCAAAAAAAUUAGAAGAUAUUGCUCUUGUCCAUGAAAUUGCAGUUAAUGAAAACUUUAAAUUGCAACCAAAUGAACCACCAAAUGAUAGCUUUAUGAAACAAGUGAAAGACACUAUGCAUAAAGCAUUUUGGGAUUUAUUGCGUGAUCAAUUAAAUAGUGACCCACCUGAAUACUCCCAAGCUAUGAUUCUCCUAACAGAAAUCCGUGAUAGCUUACUAAGCUUAUUAUUGGAUCAACAUACAAAAGUUAAAGAUGAAAUAAAUCACAUAUUGGAUGUACAAUUCAUACAAAAUCAAAUUGAUAAUAAUUCAUUAGAUUUUGAAUAUUAUACAAGAUUUAUUCUCAACUUGAUGAAAAAAAUGUGUGCUCCUGUAAGAGAUGAAUCGAUUAAUUCUCUAACAAUUUUAAAAGAUCCUGUAGAGGUGUUUAAAGGAAUAGUAGAGACUUUAAGUUUAAUGAAACUUGAUAUGGCUAAUUUUACAAUAACUGCUCAAAAACGAGCUUUUAAUGCAUGCAGUGCUGAAUACGAACGAGAAAAAUUUGCUGAAUACUUAAAAGUGAAACCUGAUGCCUUAAAUUUAACUGAAGAAUGGCUUAAACGUCAUAUUAACUUAGAAAUUCAAACAGAACCAUAUGAAAUUAUUAUAACAAGAGCAUAUAUGGAAAUAUUUCAUUGGGAUGAAAACAUUGUAUUUCCAGAGGCAUUAGCAUUAGACAAGGAAAGAUAUUUAAGUGUUAAUAGAAUUUUGGAUCUUUUAAUAAUUACAGCAUCUGCAUUUAUUGUCACAAUUUCAUCAAUUAGUAACACAAUACCUAAUGAUCCAGCAUUUAAAGAGUUGUUAAAAAAUCAUAUUUUAGUAAUAUUAAAAGAUAGUAAUACUGUAUAUAAAAAUAAUUGCUCAUUGUUACCAAAUAUUGUUGAACAAGCUAUUAAAGAUACAAAUGAGUACUUAGAAUCCAUUAAUAGAUCACUAUUAUCCCAAGAUGUUAUGAAUACAAUUGAAUCUCAAGUCUUAUGUAUAAUGGAACCAGAGCAUAAAAUAAGAACACUAGUUGAGCGAAGAUUUAAAGAAUUCAUUAUGGCUGUGAUUAGCUGUAACAAUGCAAUUCCUCAACAAUGUCCUCUUGGAUUAUCAGCUUUUAAAGAUGAAUUGGCUUCAGUUACCGGGAGUUUUUUGCAACUUGUUACAUAUAAUAGAAAAGUAUUUUCUUCGUUCUAUAAAAAUAUUUUAAAUAAAUAUUUGAACUCUUCUGAUACACUCUAAUUUACUUUCAUUUGACUAUUAAAAUUAGACUGUGCUAAAAUAAAUGUAACAAUU